AUUUUUCUAAGAAAAAGAAAUAUUGCCGGAUAUAUUACAGCACAAGAUGAGUCGCCAGAGCAUAGUGGCCUACAAAUCAUCACCGUAGUAAGCAAAGCCUUUCAAUUUCAUGGCCGCCGCCGUUCUAUCUCCGGCCACCACCCUCCGGCUAAACCCCUUUUACGCCACAGCCAGAUUCCUCUCCUUCCGCCGCAAAACCCUCCCAACAACCCUUCUCCCCUCCCUCCUAAAACCCAUCAUUCCAACCCCGCAAAAUUACACGCACUACUAUGUGAACCCAUCUUUUUCCGGAGGCCGGAAGUUCAGUAGUGUGAUUUUCGCGAAAAUUUCGCCGGAAAAUGCGGUGGAGAGGCAGAAAGAUGAAGUGUUGGGGAGUGAUAUGAAGGUUGGGAAGUUUCGAAAAAGGCUGAGAGUUGUGGAUAUUAAAGGAGGGGUUGAUGAGGGUUUGGAUAGGUUAGGGCAGAAUUUAGUUGUUAAGGGUUGGGUUCGGACUCUUCGGGUGCAGAGUAGUGUUACAUUCAUUGAGGUGAAUGAUGGAUCAUGCUUAUCGAAUAUGCAAUGUGUGGUUGGCUCGGAUGCUGAAGGUUAUGAUCAGGUAGAGAAUGGCUUGACGACAACAGGUGCAUCAGUAUGUGUAGAAGGGAUUCUGGUAGCCAGUCAAGGCUCUAAGCAGAAAGUAGAAUUGAAGGUCGAGAAGCUCACAACGGUCGGUAAAAGUGAUCCUUCAUUCCCCAUCCAGAAGAAAAGAGUCAGCAGAGAAUUUUUGAGAACAAAAUCUCAUCUUCGUCCAAGAACAAACACCUUUGGUGCGGUUGCACGUGUGAGAAAUGCUCUGGCUUAUGCUACACACAAGUUUUUUAAUGAAAAUGGAUUUGUGUGGAUCUCAAGUCCUAUUAUUACUGCUUCAGAUUGUGAAGGAGCUGGUGAGCAGUUUUGUGUGACUACUUUGAUUCCAAGCUCCAGAGAGGCUAAUGAAUCUUUAGCUGAUGCCAUUCCUAAAACUAAAGAUGGUCUUAUUGAUUGGUCACAAGACUUCUUUGGGAAGCCAGCAUUCUUAACCGUCUCAGGCCAACUAAAUGCCGAAACAUAUGCUACUGCCCUUUCAGAUGUGUAUACAUUUGGCCCCACAUUUCGAGCAGAAAAUUCAAAUACAUCUAGGCACUUGGCAGAAUUUUGGAUGAUUGAACCAGAGCUUGCAUUUGCCAACUUAGAUGACGACAUGGCUUGUGCAACUGCCUAUCUCCAGUAUGUAGUGAAAUUUGUGCUGGAAAAUUGCAAGGAAGAUAUGGAUUUUUUUAAUACUUGGAUUGAGAAAGGAAUUGUCGGUCGACUGAGUGAUGUGGUCGAGAAAGACUUUGUACAAUUAACUUAUACAGAUGCAGUUGAACUUCUUCUACGAGCCAAAAAGAAGUUUGAAUUUCCGGUGAAAUGGGGAUGUGAUUUACAAAGUGAGCAUGAACGUUAUAUCACUGAGCAAGCAUUUGAUGGUUGUCCUGUAAUCAUAAGAGAUUAUCCAAAGGAGAUCAAGGCAUUUUAUAUGAGGCAAAAUGAUGAUGGAAAGACUGUAGCAGCUAUGGAUUUGUUAGUUCCUCGGGUUGGUGAACUUAUUGGUGGAAGCCAAAGAGAGGAACGUCUUGAUCUUUUGGAGGAUCGACUAGAUGACUUGCAGCUUAAUAAAGAAAGCUAUUGGUGGUACCUUGACCUGCGGCGUUACGGUUCAGUUCCGCAUGCAGGUUUUGGAUUAGGGUUUGAGAGGCUUGUCCAAUUUGCCACUGGGAUAGAGAACAUAAGAGAUGCAAUACCUUUCCCUCGGACACCUGGCUCGGCUGAGUUUUGAUGUGUAAUGCAUUCUUGUACCUUAUAUAUGUCUCCAUUCUCUUAGUCCAAGUGCAUUUGUUGUUAGUUAUACUAGUUCAAAUUCUUCGAAACACAGAUUCAAUACAAGGAAUUUCUGAUAUGAAGAUUACAAAUGAUACGAUAAUGUCUUGAUAAUGUCAACACGUUUAUGUAUCUGAAGUGGCUAGCUACUGAAUGUUGAAUAAGAUUUAAACGUUCAGACAAA